UCAGUGUCAUUGUCAAAGUCGAAAUUGACAAUAAAAUUAUCUUGAAAAAUUACGUUUUCUAGCUGUAUUUACAUUUAUUAGUAUCGCAGUUAAAUUCCGAUUUUGACUGUCGGAAAAAUCUUCAAAAAUGUUGAGAAACUUCUUUAGAUUUCAAAGAACGAGUACUCAAUGUGGACGUUUAUGCGUUGCAAAUUUACGCAGCCAAAACUCCGUGAAACAUUUCAGUGGACUAUCACAAGCUGUGCAAAGAAAUGUCAACAAGAAGGUUCCCAUUUUAAACACAUGUGUUUGCCGAACCAUGUUCAUACAGACACAGGAUACACCCAAUCCGAAUAGUUUAAAAUUUUUGCCUGGUACCAAAGUAUUGGAACCUGGCCAAACUAUGGAUUUUCCUAAUAUUGGAGCAGCACAGUGCAGCCCCCUAGCUAAAAUGAUCUUCCGUAUUGAGGGUGUGAAAUCAGUUUUCUUUGGACCUGAGUUUGUGACAGUCACCAAGAACGAUGAUGAUGUUGAUUGGAGGCUCCUGAAACCCGAUAUAUUUGCAACCAUCAUGGACUUCUUUGCUAGCGGUUUACCCGUCAUCAUAGAUGCGAAACCUUCUGGUGAUACACAAAUAAACGAAGAUGAUGAUGAAGUGGUUCAAAUGAUAAAGGAGCUUCUUGACACAAGAAUCAGGCCGACAGUCCAGGAAGACGGUGGAGAUGUGCUAUUUGUUGACUUCAAGGAUGGAUUACUGCGUCUCAAGAUGCAGGGGUCCUGCUCCUCUUGCCCUAGUUCCAUUGUUACCUUGAAGAAUGGAGUACAAAACAUGAUGCAGUUCUACAUCCCAGAAGUGGUAGCCGUCGAACAAAUCGAAGAUGAAGGCGACAAAGUCAGUGACAAGGUCUUCAAAGAAUUUGAGCAAUUAAAAAAUAAAGAGAAAGAGAAAACUGAAUCUUAAAAAAAAAUCUUCAAGUACAUAUGUAAGUAGUAACGUGAUAUGUAUAUAAAUAGACCUGUUUUAUUCAUUUUAAUUACUAAAGUAAAUAAAUUGUGUUGAUAUUAUUGUUU